GGGAUCUAGCUUCUGUUCACGACCACGUGAGCUCGUGCGCACCUCGCGUACAGAACUGGCGCCACUGUCGUCACAAGCGCGGUUUGAUUCGCGUAAUUUUGCGGUGAGGUCCACGCCAAGCGAGAACUAUGCAAGCCUCGUCACCGAAGGAGCAACAAAGACGGGUCAUCUCAAACUCCGCGCGGGGUUGCGGCUCGGAGGCGACGGUCGCCGGUUGACGGCGAUGGCUCCUUUGUUCGAGAUAUAAAGGGCUGGAAACGCCGUCGAUGAUGAGUUUCUGUCCCUUUCAAGUUCCCAAGGAUUACACUAGCAGGUCACUUCUAGUUAGGUACUCUAUUGCCAGCAAGCCAACACGACACCGCUGCGUUACCUCCCACACGAAAGCAAAAAUGUCCGACUGGAAGCCACCAAAAGCCGGCUGCCCUGUCUGGCUCGGCAUCUCCACGAAGGACUUGUCGCGGGCCGAAGCCUUCUACGCCACGGUCUUCAACUGGACCUUCAAAGACGCGCCCCGCCGCGAGGACCACCAGCCCGACCACCACGCCAAGACGCGGCUGUUCGACCUCACGCCCGGCGGCGUGGCGCUCAGCGGCGGGCUCCAGCACCGGCCCGAGGACGAGGGCACGGGCACGCCUGCUGCCGGGCCCGGCGGUGUCUGUCUGUACUGGCUCGUUGAGGAUCUGGGAAGGGUUGCGGAGGUGAUUGUGAAGGCUGGGGGCAAGAUGGUGGGCAGUGCGGAGCCGCUUAAGGAGGGCGAGUCGGGGCUCUAUCGGUAUUUUGAGGAUACGGAGGGUAAUGUAGGAGGGGUGUAUCAGAUGGUUUAGAUUUACGAAGUACUGAUCUGGGGACGGAUGUUGACGGGUUUGAAGUUGGGAUUUGUUGGCGGUGACUGAACAGCAUACAGUCAGCAUCCUUCAAAGACCCACACACGGUAGCCAUUUAGGGCCAUAUGAUUAACCACUGUUAAGUAACUUCCCAUAUACGAGCGUCAUGAUACUAUUUUGAGGAACGAUACUUGCGUUUAGUUGUCGCGGCCGUCUUUUGUCACCCUGCAUGGUAGUUUGCUU